AUGUCAUCCGAGAGCAGUGAGCGCCAGCCAACAUACUGCCUGACGCGGAACAACUACAAUGACGCCAAGUGUCAAGACGUCAUCAAGGCUCUCUACGAAUGCUGUGACGCCUUCUACCAGAAGAAUGGCGAGGAAGCUACUAGUCCAAGCUGUCCCAAGCCAAAUCUGUUACGAUUGAAGAUGAAGCAGAUGAAUCAAGGGCAAUAG